AUGACUUCGGGAACACCGUACAUUGGCACUAAGAUAAGCUUAAUUUCUAAGUCAGAAAUUAGAUAUGAGGGAAUUUUGUACGCUAUCGACACAAAGGAAGCUACAGUGACGUUAGCGAGUGGUUAGUUUCUCUUUCUCUUUUUUCUACAUUACUGUUAAUUUUUUUUCACCUGUUUUCUCGAGCGAGUUUAUACUUUCUCUCCUCUUUUGUAGUUCGUUCACUUGGGACAGAAGACAGGGAAGUAGAAAAAUACAUAGCUCCAAGGAACGAAAAAUAUGAGUUUAUUGUCUUUAGAGGACAGGACAUAAAAGACUUGACUGUUGGCGAACCCAAGAGGGAAGAGCAAAUUAACUCGCAGCCACCUCAGGACCCAGCCAUUGUUCAGGUACAUACUUGUUCAUGUUGCACAUUGAUUAGUAAAAACAAAAAACGGAAAUUGUAUCGAUUGUUUAGAAGUGACAUUUAAGAACGUCUGGUUCCGGUUUUCUACAUGUACAAAAUACAAACAACGAUUUAGUGUUCUUGCGUUCGUUCAACUUAUCUAUUUUUUACUUCAGUCUUUGUAUAUUUGUAAGUUUUUUCAUCCUUCAAGGAGACGUUCAUGGUCGUCAAAAGGAGCAUAUUGUGCUCAAUCUGAAGUUGUUGUCACUUUGAACUUUUGAAGAGUCACUGAAAAGAAUAUCAGUCUAGAAAAGUUGCCCUGUAUUUUGUAGUUAUACCAUGAGCAAUACUGUGUAUUUACCCUGAAGUCAUCUUUAACCCUUAAAAUAGUUUUCAUAAUAAUUUUCCAAAAUUUUUCUGUUGACCACAUUGACCUGCCAAUUUGCAUUUGUCACACGCCAAAAAUUGAGACAAUCGUUCCUGCCUGUACCCCUCUACUAUUGUGGUGGCAAAUUCCCUACCCCAUCAACAACCAUUGUUGUCAAAUUCCAUCUAGCUCAGGAAGAAACCAGUCGUUUUGAUUCAAUUGGUUUCGAUACAAAUUUCAUAACAAUUUCAUUACAUUCAAAUAAUUUAUAGUUAGUGCCCUGGGGUAGGGGGUACUUCCUAGUAACAGGCUAAUGGGGAAGUGUCGCCAGAUGGGGUCGCAUUUCCACGGCUGGAUUGAUUAUUAUGGGGUUGCUAGAAUGGGGUCGCACAUUUUCGGGUUUGGGGGAUCAGAAAAUUGAGGCAGGUAGGACUUUUACUACAUCAAAUUUAACAAAAUAAUGUGUCUUAAAUUAAUUAAAUAAUAGUCUUUAUUGAGGAUAUCAAUUUCACUGACAAGUGAUUUACAAAAGAGUCCUCAAAAAUUAAAAAGGAACAAAAAGGAAAAAUAAAAACUAAUAUAUGAAUAUAUAAAAAUUAAACUAAAAACUAUUUACAUUUCUUAACACUCUUUUAAAACUAGCUAAUGAUGGGCUUUGUCUGAUUGAAAGGUCUAAUUUAUUCCAAUCGUUUGAGGCAAAGUUUGUCGAGGUCCAAUGGCCCCAGUUCCUAUAAGAUGCACUCUUACGGAUAUUGUUUUUACAUCUAGUAUUAUCUAGUGUCAAUUCAAAAGUAGAUGUACAUAAACGGAAAGAUACUAAGUUGGAAUCUCAAAAAUAACAUUUUCCCAAAAGUGACUAAGAUAUGGUCUAUAUUUGCCCACAGAAUAGACUAUAAUGGGGACGGGGUUCUGAGAGACCAGCCGCACAUGCCCCCCACCCCCCCCCCCCCUAUCACAGGCUAACAUUCAGCAUAUUAAAAUCAUUAUUCUUACAUGCCUGUUAGGCUUUAGGGUCAAGGUUGCAAAGUUUCCAUGACUCUGUGGACAUGCAAUUCCAAGACAAGACUUGAGCACAAAUAAAUCCAAACUAAAUAUAGAGAAUUGACCAGCAUGCCUCGGAGUCAAAUUUUAAUAAUAUCAAACACGGGCUACUCUUUCAAUGUUUUUAAUUCCCCAUUGACAUAUGUCUUGAAAUGAGGUUUUUAAGACUCCCUUGUGGCAAAUACUGUUUUCACAUGACAUGUUUGUUUCUUUUUUUUACCAGACUGGACUGCCAAGCGGUUAUUCUCAUUUUCACACCCCUGUAUCAUAUCCUCAUGUACCCAGUUAUGGUCCAUUUGGAGGUGUACCAUCGUAUGGGGGCUAUCCUCCUGGCAUCCCACAGAGACCUAUGCCAGGUCACAUGCAACCAACCAUGGGUAUGAUGCCACCUGCAGCAGUAAUGCCUCAACGGAUAGGAACACCACCUGCAAUCCCCCCUCUGCCUUUGUCCAGAGGUCAUUCUCCAUCUCCCGAUUCUGUGUUACCUGGGUCAUCAAGCACCAAAUCUGCAGAAAGCCAGGGAAAUGAAUCUCAUAGCAGAACCACAUCACAGCAAGGAACUCAAACUGUUCAAACAAAAAAGAAACCAUCCUCAAGACCUUCAUCAAGAAGAAAUUCCGAGGACAAGACUGAGCAGCCACAAGAGUCAAAAAAGAAACCAGAGGUUAAAAAAGAAGAGAAAGAGGCCACUAGUAGCAAAGAAGCCACUGGAGGGAACCAAACUUCAGCUGAGCCACAGAAGCAGAGACAAGGUAUCAAAUAGUUGGUGGUGAUGCUUUAUUUUUUGCAUCCUCGCAUACAUGUAGGUUGUCGGCCAUAUGAUUUCUUUUGACCAUCAUUUUCUGUAAUGAAUUAUCACAUUGCUUAAGUUUUUUUUGAUAAAUGGUUUGCUAUAAUCAAUGAUUUGCUCAUAAGUAGUAGCAAGGUAGUUUCGUGGCUAAUCAUAACUGUCACAAAAUUCUCAGAUUUGAAUGGCUCUCAGCAGCCCUGAUUUCAGCAUCAAUAGAAUACUUUAAUAGGACAGUAUGCCUUGUGCAGCAGUAAUAGUUGGACAGUGCGCACCAUUGCACAUGCUCGAAUGGUCACUUUUUUUUUAGCAAAAAGCUUUCUGAAGAUCUUGUGUUUCAGUUUUUUUUAAAAAAAAGUUUUGAUAAUGACAUGUUUCUGUUAUACAUUGUAGUUACAAUUAAUAGUGGUAACGGGACUUUGUGUUGUCCAAUUCAGUCCUUAAUCAUAUGGUCAUCCAGUGUUAUUUAUUGCUGCUACAUGAUUACAGACUGAACCAGACUCCACUCAGUCCUGUUAGCUGAAACUUUGUGACAUGUAGUAAUUCUUGCUUGCUUGUUUUUGUUUGCUUUUUAAGGUGGAAAUCGCCGCACUCAAGGCAGAAGAGGAAAUUCUAGCACAAGAGGUUCUAAACCAAAACCUGGAGGUGGUCCUGUUAAAUUUGAGGGUGAAUUUGACUUUGAGAGUUCAAAUGCAAAGUUUAAUAAAGAAGAGAUUGAGGAAGAGUUACAACAAAAACUUCAUGAAAAUCUACGGAUUACAGAUGAGGUGAGCAAGUGCCGGUAGCAGGGUGCAAAGAAAAUCAUUUUUACAGCUUGCCAUUCGGGCAAGCUGAAGCUAGCAUUUACUAGCCCAGACGUCAUUUAAACUAGCCCCAAAAGCUUUUUGACUAGCAGAACUGAUUUUGCAGUUCUUCUGUUCUUCCUCAUGAAAUAUCACUUGCUCGUCGGGCAAGUUAGAAACAGAAUUCACUAGCCGAUAGCAAAAUCCUUUAGCCCCAGGCUAUCAGACACUACUUUCUUUGCACGCUGCGGUAGGGAUUUGAGAGGAAUAUAGUUCUUACCUUAUUGCUUAUUUCAAAACGUCACCAAUAUCUCAAUAAUGCUGUCAUAAGGUGAGGUCAAUAUUUUACCAACUGUAAGGCAUCUAUUGAUCAUACAAGCCUCCAAGAACAGUUCUAAAGAAACCUCCCAGUGCUUAAACUUGACUUUAACUUUGCUGGUGAAGCACAUCUGCAGUGCAGUGGUGCUUGGCUACAAUCUUGAAUCGCCUAACAACUUUCAUAGAGUCAUUCACAGAGUACUAACCACAGAUCAUCUGGAGUGUGGGUCUUGCUAUUUUUUCAGUGUAGCAUUUGGUGACAUGUAUGGAUAACUCUGCCCCCUUGUGUUGCUCCACGACCCCUAUUCUUAUGGAGAAGGGGCCUUUAAGCUCCCUAAGUAAGAAUUUUCAUGUAUUGCCCCUAAAACAUCCAUAUAAACCACUUUGAUUUCACUAAAAAAUGCUGCCAAGCAACUUUUCUGGUUGUCUUGAAUGACUGUCAGAUGGCACAUUUCCACAAAAAAAAUGCAUGCAGUGUACGUAAGUUUUGGUCUUUUCUUACUUGUAAUUUUAAUGGAAAUGUUUAACAUUUUUAAUAGAAAUCAAAAUUUUUUUCAGGUUGAAAAUAAAGUGAACAGUUCAUCAACUAGUGAGGAUCUCCAAGACAAACCUCAAACACCAACCUCUUAUUAUGACAGCUCCAAGUCCUUUUUUGACAGUAUCUCUUGUGAGGCAAAUGAUAGAGACAGAAAUAGAAGGUGAUUAUAAAAUGUGACCUAUUUUUAAGAGCCAUUCAGAUAAAAGGUUAAUGGAGCGCUUCAAUCCAGAUGAAAACUUUGCUUAAAUCAAAUACUAAGUUGUUCCAUUUUUUCGAGGUAAGUUGCACUGGUUUCUGACCUGUCUGUUUGGUAAAAUGGAAAGCACCCAGUCCCUUAAUCUGUAUGGGUUGUAAGCUUCACUGGGGGCAGGCUAUGUGAACAACCUUUUCAUCUUGCCUUUAUUUAGGGCACAUCCUUCAUGGCAGCAAGAGCGCAAGGUGAAUAUGGAAACAUUUGGAGCAGCAGGUGGUAUGCGACGAGGGGGACGUGGUAGAGGCAGAGGUCGUGGAGGAUAUAGAGGUGGCCGUGGUGGAUACAGAUAUCAAGGACGUGACAACAGCAGUCGAGGUGGACGUGGAGGAUAUAGAGGGGGUAGUAGAGGUGGUCGCACAAGAGCCUGGGUUGAUUACCCCAUCGAUGGUGAUGAGAAAUUACUACCUAAGAAUCUUUCUAAUGGACCCUCCAUGGUAUGA